GAUGUACAAUCUGGAGUGUACUUUGUGGUGCCCUCGUUUCUCAGCUACUAUUGCAUUGGGUAAAUGAUGCAGCAACUUGUGAUUGAAAGUUUCUUAUCACAUUGAUUUUUUUUGUCUGUUUAUUUUCUUGGUCACAGCAUUUGAUUUUCGGUUUUCCUUGACCACUUGUUUUCUUCUCUAAUAUCUUCCCAUUAAACAGUGGAUGUGUACCAUCAGAAGCUGCGCCAAAUGAGAAAACGAGUGUGUUUCAACCAAUUUUGCAACCCCAUGUGAGCCUUGAUGAUGUAGGUCCAACCAGACACCGUCUUUGAUAUUCUUUUGUUCACACCUCCUCUUCCUCACUCGAUAUAUAUGCAUAAAAACCAAAUGAACAACCAUCUUCCAACUCGAAUUGCAGAGAGAUUAUCAUCCCAAGUAUUCCAGAUUUCUACUUCAAGAUCAACAUCGGCCACAACGACUGACAGUUGCUUGUUCUUCUUUCACUUCAAGAAAAUUUAAAAAUGGGAAUCCGUUUGCCUUCAAUUCUUCUUCAUACCAAGCAAAUUCUCAAAAUGCAGGGCGCUUCUUCAAAAGUAAAGUCCAAUAUUCCCAAAGGACAUAUUGCAGUCUAUGUGGGGGAAAUCCAAACAAGGAGAUUUGUGGUUCCAAUUUCUUAUUUGAACCAUCCUUCUUUUCUAAACCUACUAAAAAGGGCCGAGGAAGAGUUCGGAUUCAAUCAUCCAAUGGGUGGUCUGACAAUUCCCUGCAGAGAAGAGACCUUCAUUGAUCUCACUUCUAGGUUGCAGAUAUUAUGAGAGAUGGAGAAGAAAGAUCAACCAUCCACACAGUUUUGCCAACCUUGUUUUUUUUUUUUUUUUUUCUUUUCAACUUGUCCUAGUCAUAGUAGAAUAUCAAUGUAUAGGAAGUACAUCAAAAUGACUGUAUUUAGGGUGGAAAACUGAUCUUCCCACCUGAAACGGCAAUAGCACAUAAACACUGCAAUUGCACGGAGCAGUAAAGUGACUUUUUUUUCAAAGAGAAAACUAUUCCCCAUCAACGCAUUCAAUAUAUAUGCCAUUUUCCUCUCUGAA